AUGUUACAUAAAAGGGGCGUCACAAUAGGGUUGAAACGCGGCCGACUAGAGGAUCCUGUCUGUAUAUGUGUGCGUUACACUGCUUCUACAGUUGGGCUUUUUCUCGAGGCAUCAUGUUGCUUUUUCAACGUUUUCUUAUACGCUGUAAGAGAAUGGUCAGUUUGUUGCCAGGCUAGAAACUUAGUCCAGUCGUCGUUUCUUCUGAACGAGGCACGACCUCCCGCUCUCUAUCAUCCAUACGAGAAGUUUGCCUUAAACGACGCGUACUUUGCCUUGCGGGAAAAAGUCUUUUUAGUAAGCGAGGUUACCAGGAGACAAUGA